ACUUUGAAACGUUCAGCGGGAGAAACAAACCGAGUUCUAGAGAAAUUGUAGUACAGCUAAUCAAAUAGGUAAUCUAUAGACUUUUUACAAAACGUUUAACUCGUAUCGACACAAAGAUUAUUUCGUGUUGCCAUUUGAGAAAUGCGGCGUUCAGGAGCUCCCAGUCAGCUUUUAGGCAGUGCAGUGAAAAAACCUCGAUUUGCACCACCUGGAGCAACAUCUUCAUUUUCUGGAGCUGAAUCAAAAUCUUUGGCCCCUAGACCCACUCUAGGCAAUGCAUUGGACAAGGUCCAGAGAAGUCUUUCAGCCCCAGUUUUAAAUAAAACAGGAUGUAAUGUCCUGGCCAAAGCAAGUCAGGAUACUCCAGCUUUGUCCAGGGUGCUUUCUCGUGUUCUCAGCGCAACAGAGAGCAACGAGAAUGAGGCAGACGCACAAUAUCGAAACACUGGAUCAGGAGACUGUACAGAAGGCAAAAAUCCAACAGGAGUAGAUGACAGCCCUCGGUGGACUCCUACGUCUCCUCAAACUCCUCAGCCUCCUGCAAGCUCAGAUUCUGGCUGUAGGCAGGAGGGAGCGCGUUACUUCAGCGUGGUGUGGUGUAAAGCCAGUAAGAAAAAACACAAGCGCUGGGAAGGUGAUGCAGUGCUGGUUACAAGAGGACGCACAGUCACACUUAAAGACAUGGAGGGGAAGGAUAUUGGAAAGGGUAGUGGCUACAAGGUGUCAGAGCUAGCCUCGCUGUCCGAGGGAGAGACUCUGAUGGUCGGUGGGAAAGAAGUGGAAGUGAUGGGAAUUAUUUCUGCUGAAGACUUUGCCAGAGGACGUUGUUUCCAGGAGGUCCAAGUGGAGCAAACGGAGUCACACACCAAGUCUGCACCUCCUCUCUCUUAUCGCAUGGCCUCCAAACCUUUCUGCCCUCCUACCAUGUUGGGCUGUGGAGGACUUCCAGAAACUAAACCAGAAGAACGGACCCACAGACCUCGUCAUGACCCACUAGCUCCAGGUGCGCUGGUGAUGCCUCGCCCCUCUUCCAACCACCAGUGGCUUAAUAACAAGUCAGGGCUUCCUGUGGUUGAUGUUGUGGUUGACCCACAUCUGACCACACACCUGCGACCCCACCAGAGAGAUGGUCUGCUUUUCCUCUAUGAAUGUGUCAUGGGCAUGAGAGCUGUAGGUCGCUAUGGAGCCAUCCUGGCUGAUGAGAUGGGGCUGGGAAAGACUCUCCAGAGUGUGGCACUGUCCUGGACACUGCUUAAGCAGGGACCUUAUGGUGGGAAACCUGUUGCUAAGCGUAUCCUUGUGGUUACACCUGGCAGCCUUGUGCAGAACUGGAGAGCAGAGUUUAACAAGUGGCUGGGCUGUGAAAGGAUCAGCGUUUUCACUGUAGAUCAGGACCACAGGAUAGAACAGUUUGUGUCAUCUCCUCUACAAAGUGUUCUUGUGAUCAGCUACGAAAUGUUGCUGCGCUGCGUGGAGCAGGUACAAAAAGUGGAUUUUGGUCUCAUAAUUUGUGAUGAGGGUCACAGACUAAAGAACAGCAGCAUCAAAACAUCCUCAGCCCUUAGUAGUCUCAGCUGUAAUCGCAGAGUCAUACUCACAGGUACGCCAGUACAAAAUGAUCUGCAGGAGUUCUAUGCAAUUAUAGAGUUUGUUAACCCAGGGAUUCUUGGGUCAUCAGCUGCCUAUAGAAAAGUCUACGAGGAACCGAUCCUACGAUCCAGACAGCCAUCCUACACAGAGGAGGAGAGAGUUUUAGGAGAGGAGCGAGCAGCUGAACUUUCCUGUUUAACGGGCAUGUUCAUCCUGAGGAGGACGCAAGAGAUUAUCAACUGCUAUCUGCCUCCUCGUCUUGACUGGACAUUGUUCUGUGAGCUGUCUCCUCUGCAGCGAGACUUGUACAAACAUCUCCUCUGCCACCGUGUCUUCAGAGCCUGCCUUCAGGGCUCCACUCAGACCAACACACACCUGGCCUGCAUCACCGCACUGAAGAAGCUCUGUAACCACCCCCGUCUGCUCCACGUCACUGUCAAGGAGAGAACAGAUCGUGGAUCUGUGGAGAGUUCCUUAUACGAGGGCCUGGCAGAUCUAUUUCCAGAAUCUUAUUCUUCAGUAGGAUUCAGUGCUGCGGAAUCUGGAAAACUGUUGGUUCUUUCUGACCUGCUGAGUGCUAUCAGAAAGAUCAGUCCUUCAGACAGGGUGGUCCUGGUGUCCAACUACACUCAGACGCUUGACUUGCUUCAGGACCUGUGUAUACACAUGGGUUAUACCUUCUGUCGACUUGAUGGUCACACCCCCACAAGCCAGAGACAACGACUUGUUGACAAUUUUAACAGCCCCUACUCUCAGAACUUCCUGUUUCUGCUGAGCUCUAAAGCAGGUGGGGUGGGACUUAAUCUGAUCGGCGCUUCCCACUUGGUGCUCUACGACAUCGACUGGAACCCUGCCAAUGACAUUCAGGCCAUGGCUCGAGUAUGGAGAGAUGGGCAAAAGAAAAUGGUGCACAUUUAUCGUCUUCUCACUGCAGGUACUAUUGAGGAGCGCAUCUUUCAGAGACAGGUAUCCAAACAGGGGUUGUCUGGGACAGUGGUUGAUGUGGGAAAAGGGGCUGAGCACACAAGUUUUUCCACCAAUCAACUUCAAGAUCUGUUCAGCCUGACGGACACAUCCUCUUUAACGCAUGACCUUCUAAACUGUAACUGCAAUAUGGAUGGUACAGUAAGCGAUGUCAUAGAAGAGGAGGAGGAGCUCGUUUCUGAAAGGCCGUGCCAGCUCGGUCGUCAAGGUGAUCGUAGGGGCGCGGCACAGAAACAUCUCAGCAUGUCCGAGCUCAUGCAGUGGAGACACUUCUCUGGUGACACACACACCUUCUCAGACCCCUACCUUGAUUGUGCACAAAGCCACAUCACCUUUGCUUUCCAAACCACCAUCUCUCACACAACUACAUAAACACUGGAUUCAGUUCAUGGAUGAACUCACACACAUGCGUAUAUAUCUUCUUCAUGUUUGUUGUCAGGUUCUCUGGACUUAGUCUCCCUGCUAACACAAUUGGUAAAAACACAAUACUCCCACAGUGUUGUAAUGUUGUCACAAACCUCUUAAUAUUUUUCUUUAUUAAAGACUACCGUAAUUUGCUGUAAAUGAGUAAAAUGAAUUAUUAAGCAGAAUGGUAAAAAAAAAUCUUGUGAGGGAAUGAAGAGAUUAUAAAAUGUACAUGUGUGAAUGCAGCAUUGUUUGUGGGGCAGGUAUGGUUAUUUCCACAUACUGAAGAUAAGGCACAGACACAGAGGUAUGUUGGUGUCCAUAUAGAGUAAUAUUUACUGGAUCAGUGGAAGAUUAAUGGUUUAUAUGCUUGCUGAGUUGGUCUCGGAGACGCUGUAUCUAGCCAGUCGUUCAAAUGAACUGCUUUACAAAUGUCAGCUUGGUACCCAGAGAAUGUAGGCAAGGCCAGUGUGUUUAGCUUAAAUUGUUGUAAAUUAAUGUCACAUUUUGUUAUGCAAUGACCUUACACAUUGGUGUUGUGUGAAUCUGCUGGGCUUUAAAUGUGGGCCACACUGCGAUCUGUUCAGUCUGUUAUUUUGGAUAACACUGGACUGUUCAUGCCCUUCAACACAAAGCUGCUGCGUGGGAGUUACAGCAUGUCGUUGCGUGUAUCUGUGUAUGUGUGCCCGCACCCUGGAGACGUGUAUGAUUUGUGUUCAGCUCUGUUAUAUUAACCAGGAUUCAAUACAACAUGAGUCUGUACACAAAUGGCGUAAUUAUUAUUUGUUUGAUAAUCACCUCUCUGCGUGAUUGUUAAGUAACUUUGUUGUAAAUGGGUCUCUGGGACUUUGCCUUUAUGACUGGUUUGCUGGAGACUGCGUGACGAUGGUGAUGAUGCCGACCAUGUCUCUGUGAUCACACUGUAAAUUUAAACGUUUAACAUAUUUCCUA